AUGGAUUUCAAGUAUGAUGAUAUAACUCCAUUAAAACUUAAUGAAGCACAACCUCAAUUAUGUCAAAUUCUUUAUGAUGAUGAAUAUAAAACUACCAUGGGGAUCUUGUUAGCUCUCAUGGCUAAAAACGAAUUAAGUGAAAGAGCUUUGGCUAUGACAGAGUUGGGAAUUUCCACAUUGGCUUCACAUUAUAGUAUAUGGUGUUAUAGAUUUGAUAUCAUAAAAUGUUUGAAAAAGGAUUUAUAUGAUGAACUAGACUGGUUGGAGUCAAUUGCCAUAGAUAAUGAAAAGAACUAUCAAAUCUGGAAUUAUAGACAAUUGAUCAUAGGUCAAAUCGAAGGGUUCGAUGCCACAAGAGAAUUUCCUAUCUUAAACACUAUGAUUUUGGAAGAUAGUAAGAAUCAUCAUGUUUGGACUUACAGACACUGGUUAGUAGAAAAGUUCAAUUUAUUCGAAAACGAAAAAGAAUUAAAAUUCAUUGAUGACUUGUUGGAUGAUGAUGUUUAUAAUAAUAGUGCAUGGAGUCAUAGAUUUUUCAUCAAAUUUAAUAACGAAAAAGUCGAUGUGGAUGAAGAAUUGAAUUAUGUUGAACAUAAAAUAAGAAUCAGUCCACAAAAUGAAAGCAGUUGGAAUUAUUUAAUGGGAAUUUAUGAAAAAUUUCAAAUUCCUUUGAUCAAACUUCAACCGUUCUUGAACGAAUUUGUAAAUCCUGAUAUAAUUGAUAAUACCGAUAGUGAAGAUCUCGAAUUAAUAAAAUCAUCAUUUGCUUUGGAAUUGUUAGCUAAAACAUAUAAUAAUGAAAAGUCAUUGAUAAUUUACGAUCUUUUGAUUGCCAAAUACGACCCUAUUAGAGAGAAUUAUUGGAAAUAUUUGAAAUCAAAAUUAACCUCCAAUUGA